UCUAAAAAAAAAAAAAAAAAAAAAGUUGAAAUAGAUACGAUACACGGGCAAAAUGCAAUGUGGCAGCUCCGUGGCUUCUCUUCAAGGUCAGUAUCUGAGCGUCGCCGCCUCACGGACGAGUAUCUUGGGCAGUGAGGAGGAAGACGAGGCGUGGAGGGGAUGCCGCUGUGUCUCGCUCGCCUCCAGCAUCAACAGGGACGUCUUUCACCGACAGGGACAUUGAAUACUCACCGGCAAAGAAACUUGUGAAACACCGCAGCGAGAGCAAUUACAGAACUUUCCUGUUUGCAACACUAUUAUCCGUGCUGUCGAGACAAAUUCACUCCCUCCUGCAUUUAGACAAUUUCCUGCUCUCUCCCAGCGGACGGCCUGUGACGUGUGGACUUGUUCACCUGUACUACUAAGAAGGACGCUGACGUCAAGCUGGCUUUCGUUACCUGACAAGAAUGGACACCUGAAGUCUGUGAAAAUGUGUAAUGGUAGCGAAGUUGUAACCAGUUUGGCGUGACACAACUUCCUUGAACUCGCUUGUGUGACUCCUGAGAAAUAAUUACAUCGCUUUAAAGUUUUUUUUUUUUUUUUUUGUAGCCUACUUGGGGGGUGGGAAAAAAAAUGCCUUCGAGAGCAGGUCCACACAGCCCGGCCGGGGUCGGGAAGAGUUUACCUGAGAGGGGUCUUCUCCUCCUGCUGAUGGUGUUUGUGUUUCUGGAGGGCUCCGUGCUUCCUCUCGGAGCUGCCAGCUCUCCGGAUGUCAGCCACAAGGGAAACGUAGACAAUCACCAAGUGUCGGACGUGGUACACAACCACACUAAAAAGGCUUUUCCCGUGCUCGACCUCGACUACCAGCACAUACAGACCCCCUUUGAAAUCUCACUAUGGGUGCUGCUUGCCUCUUUAAUGAAAUUAGGGUUCCACUUGAUUCCUCGCCUGUCUGGUAUUGUGCCAGAGAGCUGCCUGUUGAUCACUGUGGGCCUGCUGGUGGGGGGGCUCAUCAAACUAGCUGGAGAGGAGGUCCCCCCAGUGCUGGACUCCAGAUUGUUCUUCCUCUGCCUGCUGCCUCCCAUCAUCCUGGAUGCUGGCUACUUCCUGCCCAUCCGAGCCUUCAUGGACAACCUGGGCACCAUCCUGAUGUUUGCUGUCGUGGGGACCUUGUGGAACGCCUUCUUCAUCGGGGGGCUUCUGUACGCCGUGUGCCAGAUCCAACCAGCCAAUCCAAAUCCUCUCCACACGUUGGAGCUGCUGCCCUGCCUGCUGUUCGGCUCCAUCGUCUCAGCUGUAGAUCCUGUUGCUGUGCUGGCUGUGUUCGAAGAGAUCCACAUCAAUGAACUGUUGCACAUCCUGGUGUUUGGCGAGUCGCUGCUCAAUGAUGCCGUCACUGUGGUGUUGUACCACCUGUUUGAGGAGUAUUCAGGUCAAGGCUCAGUGACAGUAAUGGACUGCUUCCUGGGUGUCCUCUCCUUCCUGGUGGUUUCAUUGGGCGGUGUUCUAGUGGGAGCCAUCUACGGGAUCGUGGCCGCCUUCACCUCUCGCUUCGCCUCCCACACACGUGUCAUCGAGCCACUCUUUGUCUUCGUGUACAGCUACAUGGCCUACCUGUCUGCUGAGAUGUUCCACCUGUCUGGAAUCAUGGCAUUGAUAGCAUGUGGAGCGGUGAUGCGACCCUAUGUGGAGGCCAACAUAUCCCACAAGUCCCACACCACCAUCAAGUACUUCCUGAAGAUGUGGAGCAGCGUCAGCGAGACGCUCAUCUUCAUAUUUCUGGGCGUGGCAACGGUGGACGGACCUCACGCCUGGAACUGGACCUUCGUCACCGUCACUGUCAUCCUGUGUCUGGUGGCUCGGGUCAUUGGUGUGAUUGGUCUGACGUAUGUGAUCAACCAGUUCCGCAUUGUCAAGCUGACAACGAAGGACCAGUUCAUCAUCGCCUACGGUGGCCUGCGAGGGGCCAUCGCCUUCUCCCUCGGUUUCCUGCUCGACAAGGAUCUCUUUCCCAUGAGAGAGAUGUUCCUCACCGCCAUCAUCACUGUCAUCUUCUUCACUGUCUUCGUUCAGGGCAUGACCAUCAAACCGCUGGUGGAGCUGCUGGCAGUGAAGAAGAAACAGGAGGCCAAACGCUCGAUUAACGAGGAAAUCCACACCCAGUUCCUCGACCACCUUCUGACUGGAAUCGAGGACAUUUGUGGACACUAUGGUCACCACCACUGGAAGGACAAACUCAACCGCUUCAACAAGAAGUAUGUGAAGAAGUGCCUGAUCGCGGGCGAACGCUCCAGGGAGCCGCAGCUCAUCGCUUUCUACCACAAGAUGGAGAUGAAGCAGGCCAUUGAGCUGGUGGAGAGUGGAGGGGGAGUCAAUCUGCCUACUGCUGUGCCUUCCACUGUUUCCAUGCAGAACAUCCAGCCCAAGAAGCCCUCCGCCAAGCCCGCAGAGAGAGCCCUGCCCCAGCUGCCUAAAGGUCGCGAGGAGGAGAUCAGGAAUAUCCUCAGGAGCAACCUGCAGAGGACGCGACAGAGGCUGCGCUCCUACAACAGACACACUCUUGUGGCUGAUCCGUACGAGGACGGCUUCGGUGACUUCCUCCUCAAGAAGCAGAAGAUGAUUGAACUGGAGAAGAAGAUUAAAAACAUGAACAACUACCUGACGGUGCCCGCUGCUCCACCAGACUCCCCCACCAUGUGCAGAGCCAGACUGGCCUCAGACCCUCAAGCCUACAGGGGGAAGCCUGACUCAGACAACGUGCCCACCAUCCACGUAGACCUGGCCUCCCCUCAGUCUCCAGACUCGGUCAACAUGAUGGAUGAGUUCAGGCAGGCCGGCCAGCAGCAGAAGCAUCAGCAGCAGGAAGAGGACCAGGGCCUCAUGAUGAAGCCUCCCUCAGGGCAGAGAGGACCUAAAAAGCCCGGCGAGGCGGACUCGGACAGAGACCAGCAGAAGCUGACGAGGUGCCUGAGCGACCCCGGCCCCAGCGCAGACGAGGACGAAGACGAGCCCUUCCUGCCUUGAAUCACAGGCCGGAGACAGAGGGUCAGACUGAACGCAUGCCCGCCUUCACUAGUUAGAGGAGCUGCUUCACUGCGCUGCUCUACAUAAUCUCUGUGGUUCAGAAACCAAACAAGCCAAAACUGCUAAAGCUGUACAAACCAGGGAGAGAAAGGAGAGUGAGAAGAGAGGAAAAAAAGAGCCAUUACUUUAUUAUUUUCAAAGCUCUUUAAUUUUUCAGACAUGAAUGAAGCAGCAGCUGCUGCUAUCUGAGAGACAGUUUGAUAGUCUGAGACAUUCAGGAAAGAACUAUGCAUUACCAAAGGUUUGGACUGUUUCAGUGUCAGAUUACGUCUUCUUUGUUUAGUUUUUCAGAUUGUCUUUCCUUUUUCAACGAUGGCAGAGUUGAUGGUUUUUAUGUUCGUUUGUUAUUUUCCUUUUUUUUUUUUUUCUUUUCACAGCCACAUCCUUGCAGUCAUACUGGACCUAUUGUCCUGCAUACAAUCACCAAAUCAAACUUAUUUCAAUCCAUUUUUCACCUUCAAACAUAGAACUUAAUUUUGAGGUCUUUUUGUCUGAUAUCUCACCAGAACUGUGCUUUCAUUCUGUCACUUGAACUUGCUGGAUGUUCAAACUUUUGGGGCCAGAUUUACUAAAGGUUUGCGUGUCUUAAAACGUGUGCAAACUUGACACCACCAGCAAAAAAAGUGCUAUCUGAUCUACUAACGGUGCGUCUUUCAAAUGAGCAAAACAACACGCAUUGUCCAUUUAGUACGUUUGCCCUAAUGAAUAUGCAACAUGGAGCGUUUCUGCCCUAACGUGUAAAAUACUGGGAGGAGAAAAUGCAAACAAGUUAAGUUAGUACACGCAUUGCGAUUUACCAAGCCUGACAAAAAUUGCGGUGAUUGUGACUGUGUCUGUAUUUAACACCUUUUGAAAGGAACGUGCUAAUCCAGGAGCACAGUCUUAUGCACAACAGGCUGCUGUUAUUAUAGUUAGGAGGAGGCAUAGGCACAACAAAAGAAGGCAUAAAGAUCGCGUUUUUCCCCACUUGUGUUUACGUGUUUCAAAUGACAGAAAAAUAAAUGGCAUGCAUUUAUUUUUUAAUUUGAUUCAAUAUUCUAAUCGUUAAGGAAGAGAAACACCUUGAUUAAACUACAGGCUUGUUGCCAUAUAGCCAAAGAGAACUGAACAUUCACAGCAUUUCUCGGGUCGCGCGUCUCUCCCCCCAGCUCGCCCCCUCCGGUGCGCUCCUCUCCAUAAUGCGCGCGUCACCUCCCUCUAAAGCCCGCCGCUGCUGCUACGCUGUAGGAUGCUUGGAUUGGGGGACCUCACCACUGUUUGUAACCCCGUCUUCGAUACCUCUUUCCAGGGCAUUUAUGUCCGAUCAGACACAGCGCUGGCCAGCUGUCUGGUGCGCAACAACGGCCCGAGUGUAGAGCGCCCGUGCCACAGAGGAAACAGCUCGCACCUCCUGCGCAAUGUAUGACACUUCAUUCUUAAGAUUAAGGGAAGAAAAUAGAGGCCCUGUUUAAUGCCGCGGUUUUCUCAUAACCCAAAUUUUCUUUGUAAUAUUCAGAUUUAUCUCCUAUACCUCAAAAAUAUUGUGCGUUUAUUUGCCUCUUCCACUGAUACCUAUUUUGCGCUUGCAGUCAUCCUGCUUUCUGUCCAAACUCUCCGUGAUGUAAACCAAUAGAACACGCAAAAGCCUAACUUAAAUAGUACCGCCUCCACAAGGUUUACACCUGGUGUCAUUCACGCAUUUCUUAGUAGAUCAAA